AUGCGUUGUGUUGCGCAUAUUGUAAAUCUUAUUGUCAGUGAUGGGUUGGAGGAAAUUGGGGUGUCGGUUGUUCGAAUCAGGGAGGCACUAAGGUGGGUUCGUGCUUCACCAUCUAGGAUGAUGAGAUUCAAGAAUUGUGUGAACUUCCAUGGUAUCAAGUCGAAGAAAAUAGUGAUCUUGGACGUUCCAACUAGAUGGAACUCCACAUAUAUGAUGUUGGAGGCAGCAGAAAAGUUUGAGAAGGCAUUUAAGACACUUGCAUUGGAGAAUUCUGAGUUUGUGGCUGAUCUUACCAAGGCCAAGAAGUACAAAGGUCAAGUGAUUGGUCCUCCCACUACGGCUGAUUGGAAAAGUGCGAGGAAUCUGUCCAAGCACUUGAGAUACUUCUACGAGCUCACCUUGCUUGUUUCUGGGACCAAGUAUGUGACUUCUCACCUUUUCCUAAGGCAACUGUUUGCUGUAUUUUUUGAAAUUAAGCAAAUGGAGGAGAGUGAGGAGGAAGAAGUGAAGAAUAUGGCUUCUCGGAUGCAUGCCAAACUGUGCAAAUAUUGGCAUGAAAGCGAGGAAGGGAAAUCAAGAAUGAAUAGGUUGUUUUACCUAGCUGUAGUGUUUGAUCCAAGGCAUAAAAUGCAUUAUCCUGUGUAUGCAUUGAGGAAGUUGUAUGGGGAAACACGAGGUGAUGAAUUGAUUGAAGAGUUGAAUGGAGAACUCACUGCUCUAUUCAAAUUAUAUGAGAGUAGAAGAAACAAUGUGGCUGCUACUUCUAGAGAGGGGACUCAAUCUGAGGGUUCUUCAAUGACAAGGCAGAACUCACUACCUACUCCCAAUGUGCUGGCCAACUCUUGUGACGAUGAUUAUUCAAUGACAGAAGCUGCUGCCAAGGCAAGUGAGUUGGAGAGGUACUUGGUUGAACUCCGUGAAGGAGAUGGUAAGAAUCCCAAGUAUGACAUCUUGUUGUGGUGGAAGAACAAUGCUGCCAGGUAUCCAAUUUUGAGUGAAAUGGCCAAAGAUUUACUUGUUGUCCCUAUAUCAGGUGUAGCUUCAGAGAGUGCUUUCAGUACUGGAGCUCGUGUAUUGGACUCCUUUAGAAGUUCUUUGACUCCCAAAAUCGUGGAGGCAUUAAUCUGCACUGAAGAUUGGCUGGCACAUUCGAACUUACCACUAGGAUGA